CAUUAUUCAAAAUAAUCAAUACUACUAAAAGUUAAUUUUUCAAAUACUAAAACCUAUUAUAAUUAUUUUUUUUAUUAUUUUGCUUUGAAGUAUGAAUUAUAAACGAUAUAGAAGUGCUAAGAAAUCUUUUCAAGCUGUUGCCGAAAAAUAUAGUUAGUUCUAAAAUUAAUAAAAUCAAAAUGUUGGGGCGUAAACAAAGUCUGAAAGGGGAGCCAGUGCUAGCGGAUUAUGGCCCAGAAGAAUCACUCAAUGAGAGUGCUGAUAUUGAAUGGGUAAAUAAAUUAUGGGUUCGGAGAAUUUUAAGAUUUUGUGCUCUCCUCAGUUUGAUGUCUGUUUCGUUAAAUACACCAAAAUCAUUUGAAAAAUAUCCUUACCUUCAAACUGUAACAUUUGCAGUUGAUUGUUGUGUUACACUAUUAUUUACAGCUGAAAUGAUUGCCAAAAUGCAUAUAAGAGGAAUUCUUAAGGGUGAUGUUGCUUACCUAAAAGAUCAUUGGUGCCAAUUUGAUGCUUCCAUGGUUUUCUUUCUCUGGGUGUCAGUUUUGCUUCAAAUGUUUGAGUUGACUGGAAUUGUGCCAAGAUAUAGUUAUUUGAGUAUAUUAAGAGCUCCAAGACCUCUUAUAAUGAUCAGAUUUUUAAGGGUAUUUUUAAAGUUCUCUAUGCCAAAAUCAAGAAUCAAUCAAAUAUUUAAGAGAUCAAGCCAACAAAUAUACAAUGUUACUCUUUUUUUCCUUUUCUUCAUGUCCCUAUACAGCUUGUUAGGGGUACAAUUUUUUGGAGAGUUAACUCAUCACUGUGUUCGAAAUACUACCAAUCCAAAUGAAAUAACCAUCAACUCACUAGCCAUACCAGAUACAUUUUGCUCUCCCGAACCAAACUCUGGCUACCAAUGUCCUGCUGGAAUGAAAUGUAUUAAGCUUAAUUUGUCAAAAUAUAUAAUGGGAUUCAAUGGAUUUGAGGAAUUUGCUACAAGUUUGUUCACUGUUUAUCAGGCAUCAUCCCAAGAAGGAUGGGUUUUUAUAAUGUACAGAGCUAUUGAUUCUUUACCAACUUGGAGGUCAGCUCUUUAUUUCAGUACAAUGAUAUUCUUCUUGGCCUGGCUAGUCAAAAAUGUCUUUAUAGCAGUUAUUACCGAGACAUUCAAUGAAAUAAGAGUGCAGUUUCAACAAAUGUGGGGUGUGAGGAAUCCAAUAACAAAAGGGAGCACUACACAAUUCUUCACUGGUGAUGAUAAUGGCUGGAAAUUAGUUACUAUCGAUGAAAAUAAACAUUCAGGGAGUGCACCAGAAAUAUUUCACAAAAUGUUGCGAUCAGCAUACUUUCGUCUUAUAGUUAUGGGUGUUGUUUUGGCCAAUGGUAUUAUCACAGCAACUAUGAAUUUUAAACACGACGAUAACCCACGGGAGUUCUUUUAUGAGAAAUAUUAUUACAUUGAGAUUGCUUUUACAAUUUUUUUGGACCUAGAAGCUUUAAUAAAAAUAUGGUGUCUGGGUUGGAAAGGUUACUUUAAACAUUCGGUUCAUAAGUUUGAACUUCUUCUAGCUAUUGGCACUACAAUUCACAUUCUACCUCAACUUUACAUGUCUGGAUUCACAUAUUUUCAGGUCCUUCGUAUUGUGCGUCUUAUUAAAGCUUCACCUCUAUUGGAAGGAUUUGUUUACAAGAUUUUUGGACCAGGAAAAAAAUUGGGCAGCCUCAUCAUAUUUACCAUGUGCUUACUUAUAAUAAGUUCUUCUAUAUCAAUGCAAUUGUUUUGCUUUCUCUGCGAAUUCACAAAGUUCGAAACAUUUCCAGAGGCUUUUAUGUCUAUGUUUCAAAUAUUAACUCAAGAAGCUUGGGUGGAGGUUAUGGAUGAAACCAUGGUCCGGACGAGUCAAACACUCACCCCUCUCGUUGCCAUCUACUUUAUACUAUAUCACUUGUUUGUGACACUGAUCGUGCUAUCGCUUUUCGUGGCUGUAAUUUUAGAUAAUUUAGAACUGGAUGAGGAUAUUAAAAAACUAAAGCAACUAAGAUAUCGACAACAAAGUGCCGAAAUAAAAGAGAGUCUGCCAUUUCGUCUCAGGAUAUUUGAAAAAUUUCCAGACAGUCCACAAAUGACCAAACUGCACAAAGUACCGGGCGAUUUUAUUUUACCAAAGGUGCGCGAGUCGUUCAUGCGGCAGUUCGUGUGCGAGGUGGACGGCGACGAGGAGGCGGGCGCGGCGGCGGGGGGCGCGGCGGCGGGCGCGGGGGGCGCGCGCCUGCCGCCCGGCGACCUGUCGCGGCGCGCCUUCGAGUACAUCGGCGUGGAUAAGAUCGCCUUCCCCUACCGCAAGCGGUGCCUCGUCAAGACGCUCACCGUGGCGCCGCCCUCGCAGCGCCCGAGUUCCGCGCUCCGGAGACACGUCGUUGCGUCCAUUAUCAACGAUUCUAAUAACCACCGUCGUCUGGUACUCGGGGAUUCAGCCAUGCUGGCGACGGGAGGGAAGUCCGGUCUCAAAUCUCAAGGAACAGUGUCCAGCGCUAAACAACUACGCGUCGACCAGAAAAAAUUCGGCUCGCGAUCUAUCCGUCGGUCGGUCCGCAGCGGCUCGAUCAAGCUGAAGCAGACGUACGAGCACCUGCUGGAGAACGGCGACAUCGGCGCCGCGUCGCGCGUCGUGCCGUCGUCGCGCGCGCGCCCGCCCUACCUCGACAUCCGCCUGCUGCAGGCCAAGCGCCAGCAGGCCGAGAUGAGACGCAACCAGCGCGAGGAAGACCUGCGUGAGAACCACCCGUUGUUCGACACGCCGCUGCUGAUCGUGCCCCGGGAGUCCCGCUUCCGCAAGAUCUGUCGCGCCAUCGUGGACGCGCGGUACGACGCGCGCCUGCGCGACCCCGUCACCGGCAACGAGAGGAAAGUGCAUUACAAGAGCUUCCACAAUUUCCUUGGCCUCGUUACAUAUUUGGACUGGGUUAUGAUCAUGGUUACUACGUUAUCGUGUCUGUCAAUGAUGUUCGAAACGCCAACUUAUAGAGUUAUGGAAAAUUUUGUGCUACAGAUUGCAGAAUACGGAUUUGUAGUUUUCAUGAGCUUGGAGCUGGCGUUAAAGAUUUUAGCGGACGGAUUGUUCUUCACACCGAAAGCUUACCUCAAAGACGCCGCGGCCGUACUGGAUGUAUUUAUUUACAUCGUGUCGCUGACGUUCCUGUGCUGGAUGCCGCUGCGCGUGCCGCCGGGCUCGGCCGCCCAGAUGCUGAUGAUCCUGCGCUGCGUGCGGCCGCUGCGCAUCUUCACGCUCGUGCCGCACAUGCGCAAGGUGGUCUACGAGCUGUGUCGCGGCUUCAAGGAGAUCCUGCUGGUAUCGACACUGCUGAUACUCUUGAUGUUCGUUUUCGCGAGCUAUGGGGUACAAUUAUACGGAGGAAGGUUGGCUCGGUGCAACGAUCCGACGAUAACGCGUCGCGAGGAUUGCGUGGGCGUGUUCAUGAGACGAGUGUUCGUCACGAAGAUGAAGCUGCGACCCGGACCCAACGAGACCUUCCCGUCUAUGCUGGUGCCUAGAGUCUGGGCUAAUCCGAAGCGAUUUAAUUUCGAUAACAUCGGCGAUGCGUUGUUAACUCUAUUCGAAGUGCUCUCGUUUAAGGGAUGGUUAGAUGUUCGUGAUGUUCUUAUAAAAGCUUUGGGUCCGGUGCACGCCAUCUACAUACACGUGUACAUAUUUUUGGGCUGUAUGAUUGGAUUGACAUUGUUCGUUGGCGUGGUCAUAGCAAACUAUUCUGAAAAUAAAGGAACUGCUUUAUUGACUGUCGAUCAGAGACGAUGGUGUGAUCUUAAGAAGAGACUGAAAAUAGCGCAGCCUUUACAUUUACCCCCCCGUCCAGAUGGCAGGAAGGUGCGUGCAUUCGCAUACGAUGUCACCCAGAAUUUGACCUUUAAAAGGGUCAUUGCAAUCGUCGUGCUGAUCAACAGUGGUCUAUUGGCAGUAACGUGGUCGCGGCACUCGUCCAACACGGAGCGGCUGGCGCUGACGUCGGCGCUGCUGACGCUGGUGUUCGUGGUGGAGGUGCUGCUCAAGACCAUCGCCUUCACGCCGCGCGGCUACUGGCAGAGCCGCCGCAACCGCUACGACCUGCUCGUCACCGUCGCCGGCUGCAUCUGGAUAUUCAUGCACUUCACGCUGCAGAACGAUCUUUCGUACUUCGUCGGCUUCAUGGUGGUUAUCCUGCGGUUUUUCACGAUAACCGGCAAACACACGACGCUGAAGAUGUUGAUGCUGACGGUGGGCGUCAGCGUGUGCAAGAGCUUCUUCAUCAUAUUCGGCAUGUUCCUGCUCGUGUUCUUUUACGCGCUCGCCGGUACCAUCGUGUUCGGAAACGUGAAAUACGGCGAAGGCAUAGGAAGGCGGGCGAACUUCAACUCGCCGAUCCACAGCGUGGCGAUGUUGUUCCGCAUCGUGACGGGCGAGGACUGGAACAAGAUCAUGCACGACUGCAUGGUGGCGCCGCCGUACUGCACGCCCGCUGACAACUACUGGGAGACCGACUGCGGGAACUUCACGGCCUCGCUCGCCUACUUCUGCACCUUCUACGUCAUCAUCACCUACAUCGUGCUCAACCUGCUCGUGGCUAUUAUCAUGGAGAAUUUCUCUUUAUUUUAUUCCAAUGAAGAAGAUGCCCUGCUCUCGUAUGCCGACAUAAGGAAUUUCCAAAAUACAUGGAACAUUGUAGAUGUUCAUCAAAAAGGCGUGAUCCCUGUGAAAAAGGUAAAGUUUAUAUUACGCUUAUUGAAAGGCCGCCUCGAGUGUGACACGCAUAAGGAACGACUUCUAUUCAAGUACAUGUGCUAUGAACUUGAAAGGCUCCACAAUGGCGAAGACGUGACUUUCCACGAUGUUAUCAAUAUGCUGUCCUAUCGUACAGUGGAUAUUCGAAAGUCUUUGCAAAUGGAGGAGCUAUUGGCACGAGAAGAAUUUGAAUUUCUUAUUGAGGAAGAGGUGGCUAAGCAAACUAUACGAACAUGGCUCGAAGGCUGUUUGAAGAAAAUCCGCGCUAAUAGCAGUAAACAACAAACAAGCCUGAUUGCUGGUUUAAGAAAAACAAAUGAGCAACCGUUAGAAUUCAACAGCGAGAAGGAAAAGGAGAAACAAGAAACAGAAGCUCAGCAAACCAGUGCGAAUGUCGGUCGUACAGAAAUUACCGAAUCAACAUCUCAACCAAUUAUGUCAAACGUUGUAUCAUCGCUAGAUAUUCAGCCUAAGCGUUCAUCUGGCAAAAGUCAAUUUAAAAGAUCGGGUUUACCAUUAAUGACGAUACCGAGACCCGAAAGCCCAGUGAAGAAAUAUUUACAACCAACGCUGAGCGACCCACAUCCGGCUCUGAAUAAGAAAACAACAACUCCGCCGGCCGCGCCGGGCAAGAGCAACAGUCGCAGCGCGCAGAGCUCGCACGCGGCGCAGGCGGCGCUGCACGACGUGCACUCGUGGUGGGGCGCGCAGCUCGCCGCGCUGUAGGCGGCGGCGGCGACGGCACUUCGGGGGCAUC